AGGGGCAGGGGAGCUGGCAGACCCUGGUGUUUUAGCUGAUAGGAGCAGAACAAAGUUAUCUCACUCCGUAAUGCAGAGCCCCCCGUUAAUAAUCUUGUUAAUACGUCAUUUUCCCCAUGGUAAUAGCGCAAGCAAUUUAGAAUGUGGCAGUUUAUUCCUGAAUAGUCUUGAUCUUCAACAUAAUGUUCGAUUAUAUUAUUUAGCUGGCAUCUAUAGGUUAUUUGGCUCAUAUUUUAAAUAAUUUAGACAGCGUAAUAUUUUUGCUUAAGAUAACCAGGUUACGGGUUUUCUUAUACAUCAGUCUCGCGUUUUCCUAAUUUUAAGUCCAAUUGUACGUUCUGUUAUCCCAUGUUGCCGUGUUGAGUUAGGUUGAAGAAGCAAUGAAAUUAAAUGCGAAAUGUAAGGAAUAACCACUUAUUCUAACAGCAAAGUUGUGCUGUGGCUCUCUGUAACAAGAAGUGCACGGUAUAUUAGAACUGGGAGAUGUUAUGUUCUCAAGAAAAUAGUGAAAUUCAAUACUUGGUAUGCACUGGUUACCAUCACAUUGAGGAACAAAUGAUGAAAGUAAUGCAUUUUAGAAAAAGAUGGUUGGAUUCUCUUAAGUUGUCUCAACUAAUGGACUAUAUAUAGCCCUUAUCAGUCUUGUUAGCAUGACACUGCAAUUUAUGCGAGCUGUUCGUGAUGGCAGAAUGAAGAGUGGGGUCUCACAGCAGCUGGGGAAAGUUAAAUAUGUCAACAACUAAAACUGACAGCCAUUUCUUUCAAACCAACCACUGCCAAGUCGACCCAAGGAAGGGACAAUUUUGCAUCUGGUUAUUUUCCUCGCUGACCUGGUUAUCAAGGCUGGUCAAGACCACAGGGCUUUAAGCAGGAAGCCUGAAUGAAAUGCAAGUGAAAGAGAAGAACAUCUGAGUGACAGGACAUGAGGAAGGACAGAAUGUUCUGGAGCACAGCAGCGCUGAGCAUGGUGUUCCUUAUCCAUUUUGGCUUUACCAUCUCCACAGCUUUUGCAUGUGACAGUGGGGACACAAGGUGUGGACGUGUGUGCCACAUGUCACGUCAACGCCACGUGUGAAGAGAAGGCUGACGGCCACAAAGUCUGCAACUGCAUGUAUGGCUUUGUGGGAAACGGGAGAACCCACUGUCAAGAUAAAGAUGAGUGCCAGAUUGGAGCCAAUAAAAUUUGUGGGAAUCACACGGCCUGCCACAACACCUAUGGCAGUUUCUACUGUACCUGUCUGACUGGCUAUCACCCCUCCAACAACAUGGCCACCUUCAUUCCGAAUGACGGCACCUUCUGUGAUGAUGUUGAUGAGUGUCUGGUGCAGGGGAUUUGUGGAGAGGGUGCACAGUGCAGCAAUAUUCAGGGUAGUUUUAACUGCCGAUGCCAAGUUGGAUACCAACUCGAGAAUGGACAGGAACCCUUCCGGCCCAGCCAAGACAAAUCAUACUGCACAGCAGUCGACUGUGGGCCACCUCAGAGUGCUGCCCACACUGUCCGGCUCUCAUUCACGGGAACAAGCUACCUUAGCCAGGCUGUGUUCGGCUGUUCGGAAGGAUUCCGCUGGAAAAGCGGGAACACAACAGCAGUUUGUGGAGCUGAGAGAGUGUGGGAAGGCCCCAGCCUGGUGUGUGAAGAGAUUAAGUGUGGAGAUCCACCAGUGUUUCCCCAGGCUACCCACCAGUGGAAUGGCAGCACAGCCGUGGGCAGCAGGGUGGAGUAUUUCUGUAAUGAAGGCUUAUGGCCCAUGGGUGGAGAACACAUGUCUGUCUGUGGAGGACAUGGUUCAUGGACAAAUGUGACUCUCCAGUGCAAAGAGGUUGACUGUGGUGAGCCCCCCUCAUUUCCACAUGCCGCUAUGUUGUGGAAUCAGAGCAGCAGGGUUGGUGCUCAGGUUCACUACCAGUGCAAUGUUGGAUUUUACAAUGCAGGGAAAGGCAAUGUCUCACUGUGUACUACUGACGGUUACUGGGAUCCUGUAGAUAUACUCUGUCAAGAGGUUGACUGUGGUGAGCCCCCCUCUUUUUCCCAUGCUGCUAUGUUGUGGAAUCAGAGCAGCAGGGUUGGUGCUCAGGUUCACUACCAGUGCCAUGUUGGAUUUUACAAUGCAGGGAAAGGCAAUGUCUCACUGUGUACUACUGACGGUUCCUGGGAUCCCGUAGAUAUACUCUGCCAAGCACUGUGCGGUCCUGCCCCCUGGUUGCCCCAUGCAGUGGUGGAGUGGCAAAAUGGCACAGUGGCGGUGCAUCGCUGCCAGGACGGAUACCGAAGUAGGACAGGAAGCAACAUAUCUCUGUGUGGUCCUGCCCAGACCUGGCACGCUGCCACCCUCGUCUGCAGAGAGGUUAAGCCACCUAUCAGUAAAGCGGAGGUGUUUAAUGAGAGCUGCCUACGGUGGAAGGCUGAGAUGAAUGGUGGACACCAUGAACACUACACCGUUCAGUUUGUGGGAUCCAGGGCUUAUCAGAAGGCAUUCCAGGACAAACAGAUGCUGGUCUUCAAAUCAGGAGCUAACAGACCUGAACUCUGUAUGAACCUGCUGCCAGGAACCAACUACUCCAUAAACAUCACAGCACAGACUGCAAAUUUCUCACUCACCAUCUCCGCCAACACCAGUAUCCAAGCUCCUCCGGUCCCUCAUGUCACCUUCAGAGAUGUAGAAGGUUCCUGUCCUACUCUUGGACUCCACAGAACCAUCCACCCACAGGAUGCAAUUAGUAUCUACCAGGUUUUUGUGCUGCUGCUUGAGGGGAAGGUUGUGUUUGACUGCUCCUCCCCGCACACGCCACACUUUUAUGGCUGCCAGGAGCCGUGCCAGGAGUACGUAGCGGCGGAGGUCCAGCUGGCUGGAACUGGGAGAAAGCUUUUCUUCACUGUGGGGGACCACCAGUGGUACGGGGGGUACUAUAAUGCCCCCCUGGAGAAUGGCAAAGACUACUACAUAAUACUGCGAGCCGUCAGUCAGUGGGCAGGGGUCAGAAAGCAGUACUGUGUAAUCUGGGCAAAAGUCAAGGGUGCAUCCUACAUCAUUGAAUCAGUGACUCUCUUAACUGGGGGAUCCAUUGGAUUGGUUGCAUUCAUAGUACUUAUGGGAUAUUCAUAUACCUGGUACUGUAAGAAGCAAUAACAGAAGUUCACAGUUCCCCUUACAGAGUCCAAUGUGUAUAGUCUUUAAUCCUGGGAUUGUAAUGUGCCACAGCACAACAAAUGCAGUAAUUACAUUUUGAGAUUCUGAAGAUUUUUACAUUGACUUGUAUCCAUGUUUCAGUUAUUUUUUUCUAAUAAAUCUUAAAUUUACCCUACAUUAUAUACCCAAA